AUGGAUGCGAUCUCAGAUCCUUCGUUUCAAAAUACCAAGUCAAAGAUCACAGCAGUCGAGGAGCUUCCUUCUCUCCUUACUGUAGUUGUGGACACUACUCCGAAAGCUUGGGCAGAGUUGGAUAGGGAAAGCGAGCAUGAGGGUAAUUUGAUCAGUGCGUUGCAGUCCCUGAUAGUUUUUUUGAACUCGCACCUUACCUUCAACAGUGCCAAUCAGGUUGCAGUCAUAGCUGCCCAUUCGUCUGGAAUAAAGUACUUGUACCCGGUUACGUCAACCUCUCAAGACGAGACGGCGGCGAGAAGUGCGGAUCUAUCUAUAAUCAACAGUGAUAUGUACCGUCAGUUUCGAAAUGUUGACGAAACGGUGCUUGAGGAGCUUUAUAAACUUCUCCAGGAGGAGGGAAAACGAGAACAACCAUCGGGGUUCCAGAAAAGUACGUUGUCUGGCGCAAUGUCUGCUGGAUUUACUUACAUUAACCGAAUUAUCAAAGAGCAAAGUUCUGCUUCCCUCAAAGCGAGACUUAUGGUUGUGACAUGUGGCUCGAGUGGUGGUAAAGAUGAGGUGUUUCAGUACAUACCCAUUAUGAAUUGCAUAUUUUCAGCUACGAAACUAAAAUGCCCGGUGGAUGUCGUGAAAAUUGGUGGCUCUCAAGAAAGUACGUUUCUUCAGCAAGCAACAGAUGCUACUAAUGGUGUAUAUCUGCAUGUUCCCUCGACUGAGGGCCUGAUACAAUAUCUCACUACAGCUAUGUUCAUCGAUCCGUCUCUCAGGCCCAUAAUAGUUAAGCCAAACCAGGGUUCUGUUGAUUUCAGAACCUCAUGCUAUCUCACGGGUAAAGUGGUUGCUGUUGGAUUCGUUUGCAGCGUUUGCUUGUGUGUUUUGUCUGUCAUUCCACCAGGUAACAGAUGUCCCGCAUGCGACUCCGAAUUCGACGAGCAUGUUACUACAAAGCUAAAGAAAAAGCCUGUUGUACCUGGAAUGAUACAGAAAAAAAGGAAGAGGAUUCAAGAGUAG